AUGUCUGCUACUCUUUUCCGCAACAACCUCUCCCGCUCCGCCCUGCGCGCUGCCUCCUCUGCCGCCCCCAAGCGCGCUGGUCUCGCCGGCGCCAGCUUCGUCCGCGGCAAGGCUACCCUCCCUGACCUGGCCUACGACUAUGGUGCGCUCGAGCCCGCCGUCUCCGGCAAGAUCAUGGAGCUCCACCACAAGAACCACCACAACACCUAUGUGACUUCCUUCAACAACUUCUCCGAGCAGAUGGCCGAGGCCAAGGCCAAGGACGACAUCAAGCAGCAGAUCAACCUGCAGCCCCUGAUCAACUUCCACGGAGGUGGUCACAUCAACCACACCCUCUUCUGGGAGAACUUGGCUCCCAAGUCCCAGGGGGGUGGUGAGCCUCCCUCGGGUGCCCUGUCCAAGGCCAUCAACGAGGGCUACGGCAGCCUUGACGCCUUCAAGGAAAAGUUCAACACGGCUCUGGCCGGCAUCCAGGGUUCCGGUUGGGCCUGGCUGGUCCAGGACGUCCAGACCGGCAACAUUGGCAUCAAGACCUACCAGAACCAGGACCCCGUUGUUGGCCAGUUCCGUCCCAUCCUUGGUAUCGACGCUUGGGAGCACGCCUACUACCUCCAGUACCAGAACAGGAAGGCCGAGUACUUCAAGGCGAUCUGGGAAGUUGUCAACUGGAAGGCGGCUGAGAAGCGUCUCCAGUAAAUGGGUUUAGUAGUAAUUAAAGUGCCAAGUUAGCUGUAUGAUUGGUGGAACGGUUUGGCGAUGGUUCCAUGCGGAUGCGUUGUCCAUAAUUGACUGCGGAGCGCGCUCCAUGGGGCCGAGAUAGCAUAAUGAAGAGUGUUUCAGAGUCUCAUGAGGUUUUGUUUUCG